AUGUAUGAGAGACCUGCUCUGGGGUUCAGGAAUGUCAUUGCUGAAAGUAUGGAUGAGCAAAGCGGUGGGAGACUUCCAAUAAAAACAGGACAGCAGAACACACAUACCAAAGUUAGUACUGAACACAACAAGGAAUGUCUGAUCAAUAUUUCCAAAUACAAGUUUUCUUUGGUUAUAAGCGGCCUCACUACUAUCUUAAAGAAUGUUAACAAUAUGAGAAUAUUUGGAGAAGCUGCUGAAAAAAAUUUAUAUCUCUCUCAGUUGAUUAUAUUGGAUACACUGGAAAAAUGUCUUGCUGGGCAACCAAAGGACACAAUGAGAUUAGAUGAAACCAUGCUGGUCAAACAGUUGCUCCCAGAAAUUUGCCAUUUUCUUCACACCUGUCGUGAAGGAAACCAACAUGCAGCUGAACUUCGGAAUUCUGCCUCUGGGGUUUUAUUUUCUCUCAGCUGCAACAACUUCAAUGCAGUCUUUAGUCGCAUUUCUACCAGGUUACAGGAAUUGACUGUUUGUUCAGAAGACAAUGUUGAUGUUCAUGAUAUAGAAUUGUUACAGUAUAUCAAUGUGGAUUGUGCAAAAUUAAAACGACUGCUGAAGGAAACAGCAUUUAAAUUUAAAGCUCUAAAGAAGGUUGCACAGUUAGCGGUUAUAAAUAGCCUGGAAAAGGCAUUUUGGAACUGGGUAGAAAAUUAUCCAGAUGAAUUUACAAAGCUAUACCAGAUUCCACAGACUGAUAUGGCUGAAUGUGCAGAAAAGCUCUUUGACUUGGUGGAUGGUUUUGCUGAAAGCACCAAACGUAAAGCAGCAGUUUGGCCACUACAAAUCAUUCUCCUUAUUUUGUGUCCAGAAAUAAUCCAGGAUAUAUCCAAGGAUGUGGUUGAUGAAAACAACAUGAAUAAGAAGUUGUUUCUGGACAGUCUACGAAAAGCACUUGCUGGCCAUGGAGGAAGCAGGCAGCUGACAGAAAGUGCUGCAAUUGCCUGUGUCAAACUGUGUAAAGCAAGUACUUACAUCAAUUGGGAAGAUAACUCUGUCAUUUUCCUACUAGUUCAGUCCAUGGUGGUUGAUCUUAAGAAUCUGCUUUUUAAUCCAAGUAAACCAUUCUCGAGAGGCAGUCAACCUGCAGAUGUGGAUCUAAUGAUUGACUGCCUUGUUUCUUGCUUUCGUAUAAGCCCUCACAACAACCAACACUUUAAGAUCUGCCUGGCUCAGAAUUCACCUUCUACAUUUCAUUAUGUGCUGGUAAAUUCACUCCAUCGAAUAAUCACCAAUUCUGCAUUGGAUUGGUGGCCUAAGAUUGAUGCUGUAUAUUGUCACUCAGUUGAACUUCGAAAUAUGUUUGGUGAAACACUUCAUAAAGCAGUGCAGGGUUGCGGAGCACACCCAGCAAUUCGAAUGGCACCGAGUCUUACAUUUAAAGAAAAAGUAACAAGCCUUAAAUUUAAAGAAAAACCUACGGACCUGGAGACAAGAAGCUAUAAGUAUCUUCUCUUGUCCAUGGUGAAACUAAUUCAUGCAGAUCCAAAGCUCUUGCUUUGUAAUCCAAGAAAACAGGGGCCUGAAACCCAAGGCAGCACAGCAGAAUUAAUUACAGGGCUUGUCCAACUGGUCCCUCAGUCACACAUGCCAGAGAUUGCUCAGGAAGCAAUGGAGGCCCUGCUGGUUCUUCAUCAGUUAGAUAGCAUUGAUCUGUGGAAUCCUGAUGCUCCUGUAGAAACAUUUUGGGAGAUUAGCUCACAAAUGCUUUUUUACAUCUGCAAGAAAUUAACUAGUCAUCAAAUGCUUAGUAGCACAGAAAUUCUCAAGUGGUUGCGGGAAAUUUUGAUCUGCAGGAAUAAAUUUCUUCUUAAAAAUAAGCAGGCAGAUAGAAGUUCCUGUCACUUUCUCUUCCUUUAUGGGGUAGGAUGUGAUGUUCCUUCUAGUGGAAAUACCAGUCAAAUGUCCAUGGAUCAUGAAGAAUUACUGCGUACCUCUCUCCGGAAGGGAAAAGGAAAUUCCUCCAUGGAUAGUACAGCAGGGUGUGGUGGAACCCCACCAAUAUGCCGACAAGCCCAGACCAAACUAGAAGUGGCCCUGUACAUGUUUCUGUGGAGCCCUGACACUGAAGCUGUUCUGGUAGCCAUGUCCUGUUUCCGCCACCUCUGUGAGGAAGCGGAUAUCCGGUGUGGGGUGGAUGAAGUGUCAGUACACAACUUCUUGCCCAACUAUAACACAUUCAUGGAGUUUGCUUCUGUCAGCAAUAUGAUGUCAACAGGAAGAGCAGCACUUCAGAAAAGAGUGAUGGCACUGCUAAGGCGCAUUGAGCAUCCUACUGCAGGAAACACUGAGGCUUGGGAAGAUACACAUGCAAAGUGGGAGCAAGCUACAAAACUUAUUCUUAACUAUCCAAAAGCCAAAAUGGAAGAUGGCCAGGCUGCCGAAAGCCUUCACAAGACCAUUGUUAAGAGGCGAAUGUCCCAUGUGAGUGGAGGAGGAUCCAUAGAUUUGUCUGAUACAGACUCCCUGCAGGAGUGGAUCAACAUGACUGGCUUCCUUUGUGCCCUUGGGGGUGUGUGCCUGCAGCAGAGAAGCAAUUCUGGCCUUGCAACCUAUAGCCCACCUAUGGGCCCAGUCAGCGAACGUAAGGGUUCCAUGAUUUCAGUGAUGUCCUCAGAGGGAAACGCAGAUACACCUGUCAGCAAAUUUAUGGAUCGGCUACUAUCCUUAAUGGUGUGUAACCAUGAGAAAGUGGGACUUCAAAUACGGACCAAUGUUAAGGAUCUGGUGGGUCUAGAAUUGAGUCCUGCUCUUUAUCCAAUGCUGUUUAACAAGUUGAAGAAUACCAUCAGCAAGUUUUUUGACUCCCAAGGACAGGUAUUAUUGACUGACACCAAUACUCAAUUUGUAGAGCAAACCAUAGCUAUAAUGAAGAACUUACUAGAUAAUCAUACUGAAGGCAGCUCUGAACAUCUGGGACAAGCUAGCAUUGAAACAAUGAUGUUAAAUCUGGUCAGAUAUGUUCGUGUGCUUGGGAAUUUGGUCCAUGCAAUUCAAAUAAAAACAAAACUGUGUCAGUUAGUUGAAGUAAUGAUGGCAAGGAGAGAUGACCUCUCAUUUUGUCAAGAGAUGAAAUUUAGGAAUAAGAUGGUAGAAUACUUGACAGACUGGGUUAUGGGAACAUCAAACCAAGCAGCAGAUGACGAUGUAAAAUGUCUUACAAGAGAUUUGGACCAGGCAAGCAUGGAAGCCGUAGUUUCACUCCUGGCUGGUCUUCCGCUGCAGCCUGAGGAAGGAGAUGGUGUGGAAUUGAUGGAAGCCAAAUCACAGUUAUUUCUUAAGUACUUCACAUUAUUUAUGAACCUUUUGAAUGACUGUAGUGAAGUUGAAGAUGAAAAUGCACAAACAGGUGGCAGGAAACGUGGCAUGUCUCGGAGGCUGGCAUCACUGAGGCACUGUACAGUCCUUGCAAUGUCAAACUUACUCAAUGCUAAUGUGGACAGUGGGCUCAUGCACUCAAUAGGUUUAGGUUAUCACAAGGAUCUCCAGACAAGAGCUACAUUUAUGGAAGUUCUUACAAAAAUCCUUCAACAAGGCACAGAAUUUGACACACUUGCAGAAACGGUGUUGGCAGAUCGGUUUGAGAGACUGGUGGAACUGGUCACAAUGAUGGGUGAUCAGGGAGAGCUUCCUAUAGCUAUGGCUCUGGCCAAUGUGGUCCCUUGUUCUCAGUGGGAUGAACUAGCUCGAGUUCUGGUUACUCUAUUUGAUUCUCGGCAUUUACUCUACCAACUGCUCUGGAACAUGUUUUCUAAGGAAGUAGAAUUGGCAGACUCCAUGCAGACUCUUUUCCGAGGCAACAGCUUGGCCAGUAAAAUAAUGACAUUCUGUUUCAAGGUAUAUGGUGCUACCUACCUACAAAAACUCCUGGAUCCUUUAUUACGAAUUGUUAUCACAUCCUCUGACUGGCAGCAUGUUAGCUUUGAAGUGGAUCCUACCAGGUUAGAACCAUCAGAGAGCCUUGAGGAAAACCAGCGGAACCUUCUUCAGAUGACUGAAAAGUUCUUCCAUGCUAUCAUCAGUUCCUCCUCAGAGUUCCCGCCCCAGCUUCGAAGUGUGUGCCACUGCUUAUACCAGGCAACUUGCCACUCCCUACUGAAUAAAGCUACAGUAAAAGAAAAAAAGGAAAACAAAAAAUCAGUGGUUAGCCAACGUUUCCCUCAGAACAGCAUCGGUGCAGUAGGAAGUGCCAUGUUCCUCAGAUUUAUCAAUCCUGCCAUUGUUUCACCAUAUGAAGCAGGGAUUUUAGAUAAAAAGCCACCACCUAGAAUUGAAAGGGGCUUGAAGUUAAUGUCAAAGAUACUUCAGAGUAUUGCCAAUCAUGUUCUCUUCACAAAAGAAGAGCAUAUGCGGCCUUUUAAUGAUUUUGUGAAAAGCAACUUUGAUGCAGCACGAAGGUUUUUCCUUGAUAUCGCAUCUGAUUGUCCUACAAGUGACUCAGUAAAUCAUAGCCUUUCCUUCAUCAGUGAUGGCAAUGUGCUUGCUUUACAUCGUCUGCUUUGGAACAAUCAAGAGAAAAUUGGCCAGUAUCUUUCCAGCAACAGGGAUCAUAAAGCGGUUGGAAGACGACCUUUUGAUAAGAUGGCAACACUUCUUGCAUACCUGGGGCCUCCAGAGCACAAACCUGUGGCAGAUACACACUGGUCCAGUCUUAACCUUACAAGUUCGAAGUUCGAGGAAUUUAUGACUAGGCAUCAGGUACAUGAAAAAGAAGAGUUCAAGGCUUUGAAAACGUUAAGUAUUUUCUACCAAGCUGGAACUUCCAAAGCUGGGAAUCCUAUUUUUUAUUAUGUUGCACGGAGGUUCAAAACUGGUCAAAUCAAUGGCGAUUUGCUGAUAUACCACGUCUUGCUGACUUUAAAGCCAUAUUAUGCAAAGCCAUAUGAAAUCGUAGUGGACCUUACCCAUACUGGGCCUAGCAACCGCUUUAAAACAGACUUUCUCUCCAAGUGGUUUGUUGUUUUUCCUGGCUUUGCUUAUGAUAAUGUCUCUGCAGUCUAUAUCUACAACUGUAACUCCUGGGUCAGGGAGUACACCAAAUAUCAUGAGCGGCUGCUUACGGGCCUCAAAGGUAGCAAAAGGCUCAUUUUCAUUGACUGCCCUGGGAAACUAGCUGAGCACAUAGAGCAUGAACAACAGAAACUACCUGCUGCUACCUUGGCUUUAGAAGAGGACCUGAAGGUAUUCCACAAUGCUCUCAAACUAGCUCACAAAGACACCAAAGUUUCUAUUAAAGUUGGUUCUACUGCUGUUCAAGUAACCUCAGCAGAGCGAACAAAAGUCCUGGGGCAGUCAGUCUUUCUAAAUGAUAUCUAUUAUGCCUCGGAAAUUGAAGAGAUCUGCCUAGUGGAUGAGAACCAGUUCACGUUAACCAUUGCAAACCAGGGCACACCGCUCACCUUCAUGCACCAGGAGUGUGAAGCCAUUGUCCAGUCUAUCAUUCAUAUCCGGACCCGAUGGGAGCUAUCGCAGCCUGACUCGAUCCCCCAGCACACCAAAAUUCGGCCAAAAGAUGUCCCUGGGACACUGCUCAAUAUCGCAUUACUUAAUUUAGGCAGUUCAGACCCUAGUUUACGGUCAGCUGCCUAUAAUCUUCUGUGUGCCUUAACUUGUACCUUUAAUUUAAAAAUCGAGGGCCAGUUACUAGAGACAUCAGGUUUAUGUAUCCCUGCCAACAACACCCUCUUUAUUGUGUCUAUUAGUAAGACACUGGCAGCCAAUGAGCCACACCUCACGUUAGAAUUUUUGGAAGAGUGUAUUUCUGGAUUUAGCAAAUCUAGUAUUGAAUUGAAACACCUUUGUUUGGAAUACAUGACUCCGUGGCUGUCAAAUCUAGUGCGUUUUUGUAAGCAUAAUGAUGAUGCCAAACGACAAAGAGUUACUGCUAUUCUUGAUAAGCUGAUAACAAUGACCAUAAAUGAGAAACAAAUGUAUCCAUCUAUUCAAGCAAAAAUAUGGGGGAGCCUUGGGCAGAUUACAGAUCUGCUUGAUGUUGUACUAGACAGUUUCAUCAAAACCAGUGCAACAGGUGGCUUGGGAUCAAUAAAAGCUGAGGUCAUGGCAGAUACUGCUGUAGCUUUGGCUUCUGGAAAUGUGAAAUUGGUUUCAAGCAAGGUUAUUGGAAGGAUGUGCAAGAUAAUUGACAAGACAUGCUUAUCUCCAACUCCUACUUUAGAACAACAUCUUAUGUGGGAUGAUAUUGCUAUUCUAGCACGCUACAUGCUAAUGCUGUCCUUCAAUAAUUCACUUGAUGUGGCGGCUCAUCUCCCCUACCUCUUCCACGUUGUUACAUUUUUAGUAGCCACAGGUCCACUCUCUCUUAGAGCUUCCACACAUGGAUUGGUCAUUAACAUCAUUCACUCUCUGUGUACCUGUUCACAGCUUCAUUUUAGUGAAGAGACCAAGCAAGUUUUGAGACUCAGCCUAACAGAGUUCUCAUUACCCAAAUUUUACUUGCUGUUUGGCAUUAGCAAAGUCAAGUCAGCAGCUGUCAUUGCCUUCCGCUCCAGUUACCGGGACAGGUCAUUCUCUCCUGGCUCCUAUGAAAGGGAAACUUUUGCUUUGACAUCCUUGGAAACAGUCACAGAAGCUUUGUUAGAGAUCAUGGAGGCAUGUAUGAGAGAUAUUCCAACAUGCAAGUGGCUGGACCAGUGGACAGAACUAGCUCAAAGAUUUGCAUUCCAGUAUAAUCCAUCCCUGCAACCAAGAGCCCUUGUUGUCUUUGGCUGUAUUAGCAAACGAGUGUCUCACGGGCAGAUAAAGCAGAUUAUCCGUAUUCUUAGCAAGGCUCUUGAGAGUUGCUUAAAAGGACCUGAUACUUACAACAGUCAAGUUCUGAUAGAAGCUACAGUAAUAGCACUAACCAAAUUACAGCCACUUCUUAAUAAGGACUCCCCUCUGCACAAAGCCCUCUUUUGGGUAGCUGUGGCUGUGCUGCAGCUUGAUGAAGUCAACUUGUAUUCAGCAGGCACUGCACUUCUUGAACAAAAUCUGCACACCUUAGAUAGUCUCCGGAUAUUCAAUGACAAGAGUCCGGAGGAAGUAUUUAUGGCAAUCCGGAAUCCUCUGGAAUGGCACUGCAAGCAAAUGGAUCAUUUUGUUGGACUCAAUUUCAACUCUAAUUUUAACUUUGCCCUGGUUGGACACCUCUUAAAAGGGUACAGGCAUCCCUCACCUGCCAUUGUUGCAAGAACAGUCAGAAUUUUGCAUACACUACUAACUCUGGUUAACAAACAUAGAAAUUGUGACAAAUUUGAGGUGAAUACACAGAGCGUGGCUUACUUAGCAGCUUUACUCACAGUGUCUGAAGAGGUUCGAAGUCGCUGCAGCCUAAAACAUAGAAAGUCACUUCUUCUUACUGAUAUUUCAAUGGAAAAUGUUCCUAUGGAUACAUAUCCCAUUCAUCAUGGUGACCCCAGCUAUAGGACUCUGAAGGAGAAUCAGCCAUGGUCCUCUCCCAAAGGUUCUGAGGGGUACCUUGCAGCUUCCUAUCCAACUGUGGGCCAGACCAGUCCUCGAGCCAGGAAAUCCAUGAGCUUGGACAUGGGACAGCCUUCUCAGGCCAACACUAAGAAGUUGCUUGGAACAAGGAAAAGUUUUGAUCACUUGAUAUCAGACACAAAGGCCCCUAAAAGGCAAGAAAUGGAAUCAGGGAUCACAACACCACCCAAAAUGAGGAGAGUAGCAGAGACUGAUUAUGAAAUGGAAACUCAAAGGAUUUCUUCAUCACAACAGCACCCACAUUUGCGUAAAGUUUCAGUGUCUGAAUCAAAUGUUCUCUUGGAUGAGGAAGUACUUACUGAUCCGAAGAUCCAAGCUCUUCUUCUUACUGUUCUAGCUACACUGGUGAAAUAUACCACGGAUGAAUUUGAUCAACGAAUUCUUUAUGAAUACUUAGCAGAGGCCAGUGUUGUGUUCCCCAAAGUUUUUCCUGUUGUGCACAAUUUGUUGGACUCUAAGAUCAAUACCCUGUUGUCAUUGUGCCAAGAUCCAAAUUUGUUAAAUCCGAUCCAUGGAAUUGUGCAGAGUGUGGUGUACCAUGAAGAAUCACCACCACAAUACCAAACGUCUUACCUGCAAAGUUUUGGUUUUAAUGGCUUGUGGCGGUUUGCAGGACCCUUUUCAAAGCAAACACAAAUCCCAGACUAUGCUGAGCUUAUUGUUAAGUUUCUUGAUGCCUUGAUUGACACGUACUUGCCUGGAAUUGAUGAAGAAACCAGUGAGGAGUCCCUCCUGACACCCACAUCUCCUUACCCUCCUGCACUGCAGAGCCAGCUUAGUAUCACUGCCAACCUUAACCUCUCUAAUUCCAUGACCUCACUUGCAACUUCCCAGCAUUCCCCAGGAAUUGACAAGGAGAAUGUUGAACUCUCCCCUACCACUGGCCACUGUAACAGUGGACGAACUCGCCACGGAUCCGCAAGCCAAGUGCAGAAGCAAAGAAGUGCUGGCAGUUUCAAACGUAAUAGCAUUAAGAAGAUCGUGUGAAGCUUUCUUUCUUUCUUUUUUUAAACCGACUUAAGAUGGGCCCUUCACUAGUGGCCCCUUCCCUGGCCUUGCCCUAACCCACGUGUUGUGAUGCUGCACUUCAUGUUUUGAACUCAUCCGGUCUGCCCUGUUGCCAGAUGAUCAACUCUUGGAAGCAUUGCCUAAAUUUAAUACUGCUUUUUCUUUAACUUUUUUUUUCCUUCUACUUUUGGCGUGUGUCUGGUUGUAAGCGAGUGUUCAGAACAACUACAAAGAAAGUGGGAGGUCAGGAUACUUGCACUGAAAACAUCCCAAUUGUGAGAGAGGAAGAAUUCUUGAAUACUUCUAUUACUGGCCAGCUAUGAAAGCCAUUUGCACAGAGCUCUGCGUUCUAUGUUUUCCCCUUCUUCAUCAUACAAAGUAAAGUGUUAGUCUCAUUUACACACUUUUCAAGAUAGAAGUUUAUGGGAGAAAUAAUAUUAUAACCCCAAUGUGUUUAAUCUGACUUUUAGCUGUGGACUUUUUUUAAACCUUACAAAACUGAAGGAACCAUAGAGGUCAAGCCUCCGUGACUUCACACCAUAAAGCCACAGGCAAGGUACUUUGGGGGGCGGGGGGAUUUAGUAUUUUAUAGUGGAUUCUUAAGAAAUACUAACACUUGAGUAUUAGCAAUAAUUACAGGAAAAUAAGUGUGACCACAUAUAUCUUAACAUUAUUGAAUUAAACUAUGGGUUCUGAGGCCUUAUCCAAACUCAGUCAUCCAAAC